UCUCCCUCUGUCAACACUCUGUUCGCUUUUCAAUUAAACCUCAUCUUCUUCUUCGGUUUUCACGAAAUAUUGUUCAAUCCAAUCCAAUCCAAUUUCAGUGCUGCGAUUUUCAUUUGCAGGGUCACACUCGCACUCGCCCUCGCACUCGCCCUCGCACUCACACUCACACUCACACUCACACUCACACUCGAUCGUGCGUUCAUGGCUCACGCUCUUGCCCAGGCCACUCUCGGCCUCACUCACCCUGCUCAAAUCGACCACCCCAAGAUUUCUUUUGCUGCGAAAGAGAUUGAUUUAGUAGAAUGGAAAGGGGACAUACUUGCAGUCGGUGUGACGGAGAAAGACAUGGGAAAAGAUGAGAACUCAAAGUUUCAAAAUGCAGUAUUAAAGAAACUCGAUUCUCAGUUGGGUGGUUUGUUAUCUGAAGUAACUUCUGAGGAGGAUUUUACCGGAAAAUCUGGUCAAUCAACAACUCUUAGGCUUCCGGGUAUUGGGUCAAAAAGGGUUGGCCUAACUGGGCUUGGACGGUGCACGUCAUCUAUGGCUGCGUUUCGCAGUCUUGGAGAGGCUGUUGCUGUGGCAGCAAAGGCUGCUCAAGCAAGUAAUGUUGCCAUUGCUCUUGCAUCUGCUGAAGGUCUUUCUGCUGAAUCAAAACUUAACAUUGCUUCCGCGAUGGCAUCUGGAAUUGUGAUGGGGACUUAUGAGGAUAAUAGAUUUAAAUUGGAGUCAAAGAAGCCAGCACUUAAAUCUCUGGAUAUUCUUGGUCUCGGAACUGGACCUGAGCUAGAGAAGAAGCUCAAGAACGCGGAAGUUGUUUCUUCUGGAGUAAUUUUUGGAAAAGAGCUUGUUAAUGCGCCAGCCAAUGUACUCACCCCCGGGGUACUGGCAGAAGAGGCUUCAAAAAUUGCUUCCAUGUACAGCGAUGUUAUUUCUGCGACAAUUCUGAAUGCAGAGCAAUGCAAAGAAUUGAAAAUGGGUUCCUACCUUGGUGUUGCAGCAGCUUCUGCAAAUCCUCCUCAUUUCAUCCAUUUAUGUUACAAGCCACCUAAUGGAUCUGUUAAAACCAAUCUGGCUUUGGUGGGAAAAGGGUUGACGUUUGACAGUGGAGGCUAUAACAUCAAGACAGGACAUGGCUCAAUUGAAUACAUGAAACAUGACAUGGGAGGCGCAGCAGCAGUUCUUGGUGCAGCAAAAGCUCUUGGUCAAAUUAAACCCCCAGGAGUAGAGGUUCAUUUCAUUGUUGCAGCUUGUGAGAACAUGAUAAGUGGAACAGGUAUGAGGCCUGGAGACAUUGUGACAGCUUCAAAUGGGAAGACAAUUGAGGUCAACAACACUGAUGCUGAAGGCAGACUUACACUUGCAGAUGCUUUGGUAUAUGCCUGCAACCAAGGUGUAGACAAGAUAGUUGAUGUGGCAACAUUAACUGGGGCCUGUGUCGUGGCUCUUGGCCCCUCAAUUGCAGGUAUCUUUACAGCCAGUGAUGACCUGGCAGAGGAGGUACUUGCAGCUUCAGAGGUUGCGGGGGAAAAACUUUGGAGGCUGCCUUUGGAGGAAAGUUAUUGGGAGUCCAUGAAAUCAGGAGUAGCUGAUAUGGUUAAUACUGCUUUUCGUCCAGGUGGUGCCAUCAAUGCAGCUCUUUUCCUGAAACAGUUUGUUGACGAGAAGGUCCAAUGGAUACAUAUUGACAUGGCCGGGCCUGUUAUGUCUGAGAAGACGAAACUUGCAACAGGAUUUGGCAUUUCGACUCUGGUGGAAUGGGUUAUGAAGAACUCUUCUUCUUAAUUAGAGUUUUGAAAUCCAAUGGCGAGGAAGAGAAAGUAAAGUAAACGGAUUUUCCGGUGCUGUGAAAUCCUGAAUUGUAUGAAAGAAAAUGGAAAGCGAUGAGCUAUCAGUUGUCACAUUCACUUCAGUAAUUUAUAUGUUUAGAUUUUUUUUUUUUUGUUAUCUUUAGGUUUUUUGAAAUGUCCCUGUAGUUUGCAUGAUGAAUUUCCCUUUCAGUGUGUUUCCAUUUCCUUGUAAAAUCACGCGAGUUACAGAGGCAAUCCAGAAUAGUUUUGAUGGAAGUUUAAAGUUUCAUAAACAUAACUCUUGUUUUGUCUAUGUUCAUUAAGAAAGCCGGUCUUUUCUUUCUC